ACAACAAAAGCAAAUAAACGAAGUUAAGUGCAAAUAAGUUUGGAAUAACUGAAGCUGGAACUGCUGCAGCUGCUUCGAUUCUGACCAAAGCGAGAACAGACAGGACACGAGGAGGGUGACAGAGCAGAGCAGCAAGCAGCGACACAAACACAGGCACAGGCAUUCCAAUGCACUUUCUCCAGAGCAAAACCCGUCGAGCGGCUUAUUUGACAUCCAUUCGGAUAUCAAUAGAAAAAUAGAGGCCACAGCCCCAGCAGUGCCAGCAGUAGACAGACUACGAAACAAGCAAACACCGCACCUGUGCUGGAGCACACACAGCCAUAGAAAUAGCAACAAAAAGUUGAUUGCCGUCUUUUGCCGUUUUAUUGGCGGCAGCAGCAGUGGCAGCGGCGGCGACGGCGGCACUAGAGCCAACAGUCACAUCUUGGCCACUCUUGUGAUCGCUCGCUCGUUCAUUCCACUUUGAAUUCUACUUCUACUUCCACUCCCCAAAACGCAAAACUCAAAAAGCAAAACGCAAAAGAAUUCCAUAAUUUGCAUAUACCACACUCGCAUGCACAGAGAUCAUCAUCGUCGUCGUCGAGAGGGGAGGUGUCAGAGAGAAGGUUGAGGCGGGAGGAGGAGCAUGCUUGUCGAAUCGAGUCAUUAUUUGAGUGCCAGUGCCCAGACAACACACAGAAACAGACACAAGAUAGAAGGAUGCCUGCGAUUGAGGAGAAAGUGCGUCGCCUGCUGGAGGCCAAAGAUUUGGGCGACAUCACCACAGAGCUGUGCGACUUCUCACUGAAAGAACAGAACGCCACAGCGGAGGCGCAGGGAGUGCAGCCGUCAUCGGCAUCCGACUUCAUGCCCAUACUCGGACAGACGGUCACCUACAUUGUGGCCUGUGUGCUGAUCAACGAGCACGACGAGCUGCUCAUGAUUGAAGAGGCCAAACAGAGCUGUGCAGGUAAGUGGUACCUCCCCGCUGGACGUAUGGAGCGGGGCGAAUCCAUCACAGAGGCAGCGGCAAGGGAGGUGUUUGAGGAAACUGGACUGAAUGCGGAGCUAACAACACUGCUCGCCGUGGAGGCGGCCGGGGGCUCCUGGUUUCGUUUUGUGCUGACGGGACGCAUCACUGGCGGGCGCUUGAAGACGCCCGCCGAUGCGGAUGCGGAGUCCAUACAAGCGCGAUGGAUGCUUAAUCCCCAGGAGGUGCCACUGCGGGCCAAUGACAUCCUGAACAUCAUUGACAUUGGACGGGCAUACCACAAAGGCGUAAAGGGCGCGGGAGCGGCGGAUAUUUCCAGCGAACCGCUGUGGCACGGCAGCAUCCUGCCCACGCGAUACCCCCACAGACGGAAUUACCUGCGAGUGCUGGCGGUGGCCCGGAAGCGGGCCAGCAACUCUAUGAACAUCCUGAUCAGCGAGAAGAACGCCCACCACUUUCCCACGGUGGAGCUGCAUCCGAACCGCAGCCUACACUCGACUCUGCGUAAAUUCAUGAUUGAGAUUUUUGGGGCAGAACUGCCACAACACAAGCCGCACGGGCUCUUGAGCGUGGAGCACUGUGCCUCCGAGGAGGAGAACACGGACGGGAUCUGCCUGAAUCUUCUCGUCGCCUUUCGACCGCCCAUCGAGCAGAUAUCGCUGAUUGGCAAAUGCAUUUGGCAGGAGCUGGCGGCACCCUUGGACGAGAGGCUGGGACGCAUUGUGAGCAGCAAGCAGGCCUCGAUACCACUCAAUGUGGUGCGAUAGGAGGGCCCAUGAGGAGUACGAGAGGAUAGAAGCGUGCCUUAGUCUUUAGUUGUAGAUUAAAUCCCCCCAGUCCUAUUCCAUGGUGCAAGCAAUCUAUACUCCACAAUUUAGUUGCAAUUAAAGGAACCCCCACAGAUCACAGAUCGGACACACACAGUAUCUUCCUUCGUUUCGAUGUGAAAUGCUUUCUUUCUUCUCUACAAAUAUUAUGUAUGUAUAAUUGAUACGCAAAAGGACGUAACGUAACAUAACGUAACGUAGUGUAACGUAACCAUAGAAAUGCUCUCUCCAGUGGAAUAUAUCGGAUAAAUCAAGCAAACUAGCAGUCGACUAGGUCAGGGGCUCAGAGGGAUCAGAACUAACACUAAAAGCCUCCUCGUCUCGUCUCUUCUAUCUACUUCCACACGGUGUUGAAGAGAUCCAUAAACGAGUCGUAGAUCAUGAACGUAAUUGCCACAUCAAGGCAGACGCGUCCCAGACGCGGCACUGUGCCCUUGUAGAAGGCCCCCACGCCCUCGUUCUUCAGGAUCUUCAUGGCACAGUCGGCGGUGUUCUUGUACUUCGAUGCCUCGAGGCCCUGCAUCCGCGUCUUCACGACAUCCAGUGGCGUGUUUCCGAAAACGGAGGCGGCUCCGGCCACAGCGCCAAAGGCACCGACCAGCAGCUUGGGCACCGGUUUGUUGUGAUCAUCGCCCUUGUACAGGUCCUUCAGGGACUCCAGGACGAAGAAGCGGAUGGCCUGGUUAGAACCCUGCUUCAGAAUGGUGGGCGUGAGACCCUUGUACACCCCACUGAUACCCUCCGCCUUGACGAUCUGUCCGACGCCGUGGGCAAAGCCCUUAAACUUGGGAUUGGCGCUGCGCUGGUCGUUGAUGAACUUCACUUUAAUGGUCUCCAUGGGCGUCACGGCCAGAAUGGCCUCGCACACGCCCGCUCCCAAGCCGCAGAGGAGUUUACCGGCUGUGGAAAGCUGUCCAUUGGCAUCGACAGCGUGUCCGCGCAGGUACUCGAAGGCUCCAAAUCUGCAAAGAGGAUCUAUAUUUAGAUUGGCUUCCAAGGAUUGUGGAUCCACUGCUGUUACCUCGCGGCCGACUUGGGUAUGCUGCCGUAGAGGAGCACACUCAGGCCUCGGUACAGGCCAAAGAAUCCCUUUUGCUGGACGGUUUUCUUCACGCAAUCCGCGAUGCCGUUGUACCGCUUGUUGGCCCCCUUCUCGUCCAGCUGCAGCUGUGUCUUCACGUACUCGGUGGGAUAGGUGAUGCAGAUCUCAAUGCCGCCGGUGAUGCCGCCCGCCACAAUGCCCUUGAGGCCCUUGCCGCCACCACUUGGUGCCGCGGCUCCAGUGCUCGUCAUCCAGGGACGGCACUUGUACGGACUGACAAAGGAUGCAAGACUCUGGCGAUCCAUUCUGUUGGGGGUUUAAUCUGUGGGUGAGGAGCGAAUGUUUCUAGAAUUUCUGCUUGAGAAGAUCUCCCCCCGCCCCAAGGUUUUAUCUAUUUUUUGGAACAGAAAUAGAUGCAUUUUGUGCGGGGUGCAACAUCGUUGGGAAAUGCUAGUGAGGCAUGUCUACACAUCUAAUCAAUAGGUCUACCCAUUCUCCAAACUGUACAUACAUAUGUAUAUUUAUCAUUGGGAACAAUGUUCUUGUUUUUGUUGCUGUUUCGUCAUAUAAGAAUGUUUGGGAAAGUUUCGAGCGAUUACUUAAGAUCUGGUGAUAGUCAACCGAUUCGAUUCGAGUGGGAGAGGUAUUAAACGAGUAUGUAUGUACAUAUGUAUGUCGUAUGUACGUAUCAGCAGACGAUGUUGGGUUCUCUCUUCCUCAUUCCCUGCUCUUUGCACUUGACAAUCGUAUUGUUUGUCCGUUUUUGUCGUGUGGGGAGGAGGGUUAUGUAACAUUUGCAUGACCAUAAAUACCCAGGCAGAGCGGACUUCGUUCAUAAUUAGUAUUCCAUUUAGCGGUGUUUGCAAUUGUUUAAUUGAACCCCCCCUCUUCGCCCAAUCGUGCCUGGAAAUCUCGAUAAACAUAAACAAAUGGCUCUCUGAUAAGUCGGUUCGCUGAUUCGCUGGAAAGUGGAUUAGUGGAAGAUUUCCAGUCUUCCACUCACAGACAGAAGCAGGCACAGAUGCACUCCAUAGUGGAAUCUCAGGUUACUGAAACCGCAUGGAAUUUCUGCACUGUACUCACUUUUAGAUUGGGAUUGCACAAAAAAACUAUAGAAUUAUACAAGUAUAUAGUAUAUCAAUUCUUUCUACGAUUCGUAUGGAAUGCGCGACAGAGACAGAAGGGGAAGGAACGACGAACGGCGAUCGAUCGUAGCGUGGCCAGGGCAGCGGCUCAACCUCAACUGUUUGAGUGUUCCGGGCGGCUACGAAAUUCCAAUUUCCAAUCGCAGGGAAAGCUACAAGUUCCAAUAGCAGCCAGCAGCAGAAAUAAUUGUAAACAACAACGCAGUCAUGCUCUCCUCUCCAUGAAGCGGCCGCUCUUCCUCUCGCCAGCAGCAAAGAGCGGGCGGCAGAACGAUUGAACGUUCGAGCGGGCUCCACAAAGUAACGGCGGUGCUGAUACCAUGGCGUGAUACGGCAGCCAGACGGCCCCACAGCCACGGUAGCAGAAACGAAACGCAAAAGAGAUCUCUCUUCUCUCCACCACUCGACUCGGCAGUAAACCGGUUUCCGGAAAGAGCUUUUGGCUGGAAAUGCUCUCGCAGUGCUGCUCCCCCGCUAGAAUCAGAAACAAUUUAAUUGUUUAAACUUUUCAAAGACGCCGCAAAGUAGGCAAGCGUUUUCUGCUUGAUUCGUGAUUACACAAUACUCACACACACACACACACUGAAAGGCACAUGGAAACACUCAAAGAUACACCUAUACCUGUGCAGUUCGAAUCGAAUUGCCUCGCACCUGCAACAACUCCUCCAAUCAGACCUCCCCUCCACUUAUUUCCAUUUCCCCGUAUCGGAAUGGAGUCCAUAUGUGUUUAUGAUAAUAAUAUAAUACUUGUGAAGAAAAAAAAUAAAUAAAAACUAUUUACCGAUAACUCAGUGCACGGCGGCCAUGGAAAUGGAAAUGGAAUGUUGCAAUCGGAUUCCUCCUGUGAGCCGCAGCUGUGGAGCCGGCAAACGGCAAAUGAUAACUAAAAAAUGUGCCCAUGUUGCACGCAACCAGUUCCCGGGAACUGCGCCUGCGUCAUGCCUCUGCCACUGGCACUGCCACCCACUCUUGUAGCACGGUGUAAACAUGCCUUAUGCCAUCAUGCCAAUUGGAGCUCAAGUCGCGAAUACUUAAAGCGGAAAUGCGUGGGGUGGGGCCUCAUAAAAGUCAGAGGAAUAUUUAUGAUAAUAGGCGUGCAAAGUGGAGCAGGGGCACGGGGAAGAGACUCAUUUCUUUUGCGUUCUUUUGUCAACAUUCAAUCGGAUAUGGGCUCGAGAGUGUUCUCUUGACUGAAGGAUCCAUCAAGACUACACUACACCAUAAUCGAUUCAUUUACAAAAGACAACACUGGAGUGGAGUGCACUCCCACUCCCUGGAGCGACUAUGAAUCAAUGAAUUAUGCUGCCCUAAGAAACAAUAAUCAUUCGAUUUACGAAGCACUACUCUUGCAGUGGUUUCAGUUUAUUCAAAAUGCAAUCAGAAAUAGUCAUACACUGGCUGUGAAUGUGUACGAGUGUGUGUGUGCUGCAUACAGUUUACGGUUUACAGUUUACAGUUUAACACGAGGAUUAGCGGUGCAGUUCUGUUUAUGUUUCGGUCAACUGUUAGUCAAUAACAAGAUGAGUUUAAUGCGAUUUAUUUAAUGGUUAUGUGUAGAGUAGAUAGAUAGUCAGUCGAGACAGCUCUUAGACGGCCUUGUAGAUGCGCACGCUCUUGACGGCACCAAU